CGAGGUGAUUCACGUAGAAUGACAACGAAGAAAUUUUUGGUUUCUCACAUUUCGGAGCAGUUAUAAACAAGUUCGAGCAUGUUCAAAACUAGAAUUUAUUAACGUUAUAAGUUCAACCCAUUCAUACAGACGCAUAGUUUCUUUGAAACACCCUGUAUCUAGUUGAAAUUGUUAUGACAUGAGGUUAUGACAUUUUUAUCGACAAUUGUUUAUUUAAUCUCGGAUGUUGAGGUAUUUCGGAAUUAUGGCAACAAAAAAGCUCAAAGGAUUAGAUUUUGAAGUUUAUGGUCGAGUUCAAGGAGUGUUCUUUCGAAAGCAUACGCAAGAGCAAGCCCAAAAAUUAGGUUUGAAAGGUUGGUGUAGAAAUACUAGUCAAGGAACAGUAAAAGGAGUUUUGGAAGGACCUGAAGAUGGUGUUAAUCAGAUGAAAAAUUGGUUACAAUUUAAAGGAAGCCCACAAUCACAAAUAGAUAAAGCUAUAUUUGAAAAUGAAAGGGAAAUCAGUGAAUUUUCAUUUAAAGACUUUCAAAUUAAAAGAUAAAAUUCUAUUUUUGUGAAUGUAGAAUCCAGCAUUAUGUAAUUUAUUAGUAAACAAAAUAUUAAGGUAUUCCUGCA